AUGCCAAUGGCAAAUGGGGUGUUUGUUGGAGCAGUCAUGGAUCUUUAUGUGACUGGAAUAGCUUUAUCUGGGAAGCAGGUCUAUGACCUGAGUAAAGGUUAGAGUAGUAUAUCUAUUCGAGGAUAAAUCGUAUACAGCCCGAUCCUUAAUAGGGGUCAGUUGGAUGUUAAAAAAUUGAAUGUUCCUUUUAUAGUCCUGGUUUUAGUCUUUUACAGAUUGUGCUAGCGUAAUUCGUCAUAAUUUUCAUCAAUGUUCCAAAAACUAUAGUAAUAAUUUGCUCUUUUGGCUAGUUUUACAACUCAAUAUUGAUCAUGUUACCACUUAUUUUGGCCAGAGAGCAGAAUUACAGGCAAAUCUAAGUAACGAAAUAAUUUUUUUGUCUGCUUAUUGUCACAUUCAUGGGACUUAGGUCCCGCAGGAAUUAAUCAACGGUGAGAACUCUUUUUACAGGACUUAACGUAUGCGCAUAAUUAGCUCGAUUACUUAAGAUGGUGUCAGCGAGCUGGUCGUUAAUUCAGGUUUCAGUUUUUGUAGUUAGACAGUUUUGUAGGUUUAGUGGUCUACCUUUCUACAUUCAUCUAUCACUGCAAAUACAUCAGUGGAAAUCACUACGUAAUCGCAGUAUUAUUCUCAUUAUUUAAAGGCAAACCAUUUACACCCGUAAUAACCAACGAAGAGUCGGAAAUACAUGGUUGCAAAGUCAAUGUAACGUGGAGUAGAAAAGAAAUAUGCACCAUAACGAACACCACUGUACGCUAUAGGGAGAUAAAACCACUCGUCAUUGAAGCUAAAUGGACAGAAUAUAAGGUUCCUUCAACCACCUUUCAUCUUUUAUCUCUGGAAUGCGACAAGGGGUAUGAAAUUGGUGUGUCUUCCUGGUUUGGAGAAGUUCAAAGCGACUGGUCAGUUUCUUGGAAAGUUAAAACCCUCUCUACAGGUGCGAUAUNAGAAUAUAAGGUUCCUUCAACCACCUUUCAUCUUUUAUCUCUGGAAUGCGACAAGGGGUAUGAAAUUGGUGUGUCUUCCUGGUUUGGAGAAGUUCAAAGCGACUGGUCAGUUUCUUGGAAAGUUAAAACCCUCUCUACAGGUGCGAUAUUACCUUAUGUAUGUUUAAUAAUAGCUUAGAGGUUUUGGUAUUGACACCAAGCCAUAUCCAGUUGAACCUCUGCUGAGGGUCCACAAUAGCCGGGUUCUGAAAUCCCGCCUUCCCGCUGUUUUUUUCUUCUUAAUUCCGCUAUCCCGCCUGUUUUUACGUCCGAAUCCCUAUCCCGCCUAGUCUGCUACACAGCCACAACGUUUGUGGGGAGGAGCGUUGUGUGACGACACUAAAAAUUGCUGUGUAGCAGACUAGAUCCCGCCUAAUUUUUUACGAGUUUCCUGCUUUCAUUAUUGAAAUAUUAAAACGUUAUACAAUGUUUAAGACUUGCUUUCUUGCAAUAGGCAGCUUUGAUGUUUUUAAGUCAAGAGCAUUAAAAGGCUCUUGACUUAGCCAUUAAUAGCCUGGGACCAGACUCCGUAGUGGGGAAAAAAGGCAAAAAACGGGAUCAAUUUUUUUCUCCCUUUUCCCCCAAGGCGGAGCCUGAUCCAAGGCUAAACCAUUAACGACUGUAACUUCAUUUUCUGUUUAGCUUAUUAUUAUUUUGGGGGAGCACAUCAGUACAAAAAAGAAGGUUUACUUCGAUCUGCGUUAUGGCCAUUUGGAGACAGCCAGUUGAGUUGGGUAGAUGGAUGUUUCGAUUGAUUUACUACUAGGUUGCAAUAGGCGAUGAAGCCAAUUAGCUACGCUGACAACUGGUCAUGGAAAGUUUGUAUGAACACACUAGUUGGACAGAUUGAUAAAAUGUUAGCUUUUAUGGAACCCAAACCUCCGAUGGAAUCGAAGAGCACAAGCAGCUGUAGACAACCCUCAUGUAGAAAGUGUACUUUUCCACCCUUCUUGCGCUUGGUCCCCGAUUUCUUCCUCGUUUGCGCCGCUACUUGUACUCAUUCCUGUUUAAAAUCUCUUUACUUUCUACCAUUCUUAAAUCCGCUCAAAAAUAGGUACUUGUGACCUGCAAUAGUUUGCAAAACAGUCCUCUUUUCUCACAAUCGGUUUUAAAAGGUGCAAAGUACAGGCGAAGACUGUGUAAAAUUAACUGCGUAUUUUUUCGCGUCUCUUCCUAGUCUAAUUCGUUUUUUUGGCCUCACUCCAGACCUUUCCCUUGGCCGUUCGAGCACAACGUCAGUUACCAAGUACCGGAAUAAGACGAAAACACGCAAAGGUGAUAAUGGAUAAAACUGAUAGGCCUCAUUUCCUUAGCGACUAGUAGUUCCUAGUACAUGGGUGGUGUACACAAAAAAGUCAAAAUGUGGUCACGACAAAACUUAAUUCCCGUAUCCCGCUACUUUUCCCUUACGAUUCCCGCAUCCCAACCCAAUAAAAAUAGGAAAUCCCGCUUCCCGCUCCUUUUUUUAGCUCGCAUCUCGAGUAUCACCACCAAAAACAUCCAAAUCCCGCAUCCCGCCAAACCUAUUGUGGAUCCUCUCUGCUAAGGGUAGACCUCUAGGGAAGUAGACACCCCCUUUCAGGUCCCUCAGAAGCCAAGUGGGCAGUAAAACAGAUCAAGACGGAAAUUUACUGCAACAAAGCCCUUUGAUGUUCAAUAACAAUAAAAAUGUACAGAUUAGCCUCCGCUUACUGGAAGUUUACGGGUAACUUUUGAACUUUAAGCGACUGUUGUUCUGUAAUAAAUAGCCUGUCACGACGCUGUAUGUUCAUGGCCAUCUUUAAUUGGCCUGCAUUUCUACAUUUGGCAAAUUGACGGUGAAACUGGCAAAAAGAGACCAAUUUCAAUAUAUCAAAAGUCACACCUUGGGGGAAUAAAAUAAAAGAAAUGUAUUAUUCAUUGUUGUACCUCAAGUAUGAAUUUGAAUAAUAAAUUGUUCUAUAGUAUUUGACGUAUUAAUUUCUAAUAUCCAAACCACUUUCAGUAAAAGAAGUCAAAAAGCUUUUAAGAAAGGUUUCUACAAGAAAAUCACGAAGUGUAAAAGCGGUCAACUGGUAAUGUUUUCUUCCCCAUUAAGGUUACGUUAACAAGGUACCGGUUGAAACAUUUAAAGGGCACUUCGUUCACACGGAACUUUUCAAUAUUUUUGCGCUGUUCACACGGAGUUGUCGAGCCGUAAUAUUUCCAAGCAAAGCGAGUAAUAACAUGACUCGUGAAUCCAUGCUCGCAACAUCUGGUUGCUAUUUUGGUAUACACUUCAUGGUGGAAAGCCACAAGUGCACCGGUAAUAUACACCCUGUGUGAUAUGUAGUAUUGUGUCUUCUCACUUAUAGUCAGUAGUAGAAACUAGUAGUUACUAGGACUUACCUGUAGUUACUAGUAGUUGCUGGUAGUUGCUUAGUUACUAGUAGUCACUGGUAGUUACUAGUAGUUAAAGGUAGUUACUAGUAGUCACUGGUAGUUACUAGUAGUUAAAGGUAGUUACAAGUAGUUACUUGUAGUUACUAGUAGUUACUAGUAGUUACUGGUAGUUACUUGUAGUUACUAGUAGCUACUGGUAGUUACUAGUAGUUAAAGGUAGUUACUGGUAGUUAAAGGUAGUUACUUGUAGUUACUGGUAGUUGCUAGUAGUUACUGGUAGUUGCUAGUAGUUACUGGUAGUUGCUAGUAGUUACUGGUAGUUGCUAGUAGUUACUGGUAGUUGCUAGUAGUUACUGGUAGUUGCUAGUAGUUACUGGUAGUUACUAGUAGUUACUUGUAGUUACUAGUAGUUACUGGUAGUUACUAGUAGUUACUGGUAGUUGCAAGUAGUUACUGGUAGUUGCUAGUAGUUACUGGUAGUUACUAGUAGUUACUGGUAGUUGCUAGUAGUUACUGGUAGUUGCUAGUAGUUACUGGUAGUUACUAGUAGUUACUUGUAGUUACUAGUAGUUACUGGUAGUUACUAGUAGUUACUGGUAGUUGCUAGUAGUUACUGGUAGUUGCUAGUAGUUACUGGUAGUUACUAGUAGUUACUGGUAGUUGCUAGUAGUUACUGGUAAUUACUAGUAGUUACUGGUAGUUGAUAGUAGUUACUGGUAGUUGAUAGUAGUUACUGGUAGUUACUAGUAGUUACUUGUAGUUACUAAUAGUUACUAGUAGUUACUGGUAGUUGCUAGUAGUUACUACACCUUUUGCUGUUCAUUACGAGAAAAUACGCAAUCAUUUGCGUGAAACGGCGACCAAUAGUGCGAAGAUACAUCCAUUAGCGCGAAAAUACGAACAUUUGCGCAUAAAUCAGAUUCAAUUACGAUUUUUGCAUUUUAAUCAACAUUCAAUAACACUUUUGGGCAUUCAUAUGGAUCAUUGGGCAUACAAAAGAGAAAAUAUACCUUCAUUAACGCCAACAUCAAAGUCAUUAACACCAUCUUGAAGUCAAUAGGGACAACUGAUAUACAUUAAAGUGCAAACACUAUUCAUUAACAUUUUUAUGACACUGUUUGCAAUUUCCUGGACAAUCUUAGGAUGGAUAAGACAGACAUUAAUGCCCUUGUACAAUCAAUUGAGUGUUCUUUACAUUUAAUACACAAAAACGAUUUUCAAUUAAACAAUAGAAAUUCAAACAAAUUUGGCCAGAAUUUCAGUCCGUUAAAUGUAGAUCCCUCAAAAACCUCGCUACCUAAACACUUUGGGAGGUAGGUUUGCAUGAAAUGGUACCCCUUAGCACAUUUAGCUGCGGUCACAAUGUCAUGUUUCUGCGGAGAGCUUCGAGCACGCAGUUGUUGUUUCAGAACUCCGCUAGUGGGAUUGCUAGGGCUUUGCCCUCAUUCCUGUCAUACAUCUUUAAAUUUCCGGACUCGAGAUGUCGGCCUUUGGUGUCGCUUUCAGACAACUUAAAUCCUUUUCAAUGAUGUCGAGGGGGAAAGCAUAAGCUUUGUACUUAUGGGGCGGGAAUGGCCAAAUCUAGGCGGGCUGGCACCCCGUCAUACGCAAAGGCCACCGACUUAUCGGGAUCCAUUUUUUCCUCGCCCGUGCCAGAAAAAUAACCGACACAGUAUUCAUUACUCCAGCAGCUGCCGAGGAAAACAUUUGAUAGGUGAUAUUGCCAUGGUCAUAGUCAAGUUCCGUCCUCGUUGGCCGCACACUUAGCGGUACGCCCUCCACUUCCUGUCCCGCCCCACCAUGACUUCUGGCCGUCUAGGGUAAAUGUAUACCCGCAGUGGCGAAGUACGGCGUGAUUCUUUAAACAAAUUCAGGCCAAUUUUGGAAGGAAUUGGUAUUUUUUAAUUGAAAAUAGAUUUUUGUAUAUUAAAUGUAAAGAACGCUCAAUUGAUUGUACAAGCGCAAUAAUGUUUGUCUUAUCCAUUCUAAAGCUGUCCAGGAAUGCUAUUGAAUUGCAAACAAUGUAAUAAAAAUGUUAAUGAAUAGCGUUUGCACUGAAAUGUUUGUGUAUAGUCCAUAAUGAUUUUCAAGAUAAUGUUAAUGACUCGAAUGUAGGCGUUAAUGAAACCAAAUUUUUCUCUUUUGUAUGUCGAAUGACGCAAAUGAUUGCCCAAAAAUGUUAUUGAAUGUUAAUUAAAAUGCAAAAAUCGUUAUUGAACCUGAUUUAUGCGCAAAUGUUCGCUUUUUCGCGCUAAUGAAUGCAUCUUCGCGCUGUUGGUCGCCGUUUCACGCAAAUGAAUGCGUAUUCUCUCGUAAUGAACAGCAAAAGGUGUAUUAAAUGUAAAGAACGCUCAAUUGAUUGUACAAGCGCAAUAAUGUUUGUCUUAUCCAUUCUAAAGCUGUUCAGGAAUGCUGUUGAAUUGCAAACAGUGUCUUAAAAACGUUAAUGAAUAGGGUUUGCAUUUAAAUGUUUGUCUGUUGUCCCUAAUGAUUUUCAAGGUAAUGUUAAUAACUCGAAUGUUGGCGUUAGUGAAAGUAUAUUUUUCUCUUUUUAUGUCGAAUGACGCAAAUGAAUGCCCAGAAACGUUAUUGAAUCUUGAUUAAAACGCAAAAAUCGUAAUUGAAUCUGAUUUAUGCGCAAAUGUUCGCUUUUUCGCCCUAAUGAAUGUAUCUUCGCGCUGUUGGUCACCUUUUCACGCAUAUGAAUGCGUAUUUUCCCGUAAUGAACAGCAAACGGUGUAGUAGUUACUGGUAGUUGCUAGUAGUUACUGGUAGUUACUUGUAGUUACUGGUAGUUGCUAGUGGUUACUGGUAGUUAGUUGUAGUUACUAGUAGUUACUGGUAGUUGCUAGUGGUUACUGGUAGUUAGUUGUAGUUACUAGUAGUUACUGGUAGGUGCUAGUAGUUAGCUAUUUUCCAGGUGAGUAACCACACAUCCAUGCAGCCACGCCUUUGCACUGCAUUUUACAUUCAAAACAGUAGCAAAAAUGGUAACCAGUGUAGCUCGCGAAGCAAAGGCGUCACAGGGCUCGACUUUGGAUCGCAAUAAAUUAAGCGAUCACUAACAUUUAGAGAACACAUAUUGUGUAUAAAUAGUAAAUAAAAGCGGUCCGAUACAAGAACAUCGAGGAACACCCCAUUUUAAGUCAAACGGCUGCGAGAGCGUCUCCUUCAUGCAUAUUCUUUGAGAUCUCCCUUCCAAGUACGAUUUGAACCAGGAAUGAGCAGUACCACAGACACCUAGUUUCCUUUGAAGCGUUUGUAGUAAAAUCCCAUGGUCAACGGUGUCGAAGGCGGCACUUAAAUCCAGCAGUAGUAAAAGUGAUACAUGGCCCUUAUCCAUAUUCAUGAGUACAUCAUUUGUCACCUUUAACAAUGCAGACUCCGGAUUGCAAUUGAGGGAGGAGAUUAUUUGUAAUCAUGUGACACUGGAUCUGAGAUGCCACCACACACUCUGUCAAUUUAGACACAAACUGCAAGUUGUUUAUUAGACGAAAAUUCUUGAACUUUAGAUCGAGGCCGGUCUUUUUAAUGAUGGGUAUACCACAGCAGUUUUCCAGGUUUCAGCAAAAUAUCCAGUCUGCAAGGAGAGGUUGACCAUAUUAAUAAUGGUAAGAUGGAAAGAAGGAGUCUAAACAUGAAGAUGCAAGAUUUGUUCUUUCCAGAAGUAAUCAUAUGACGAACUGUCUCAGUCGCUUAGCAUUGGAAGUGGGAAUUACAAUUCACCAGAUUCAGAUUCCAGGUUGGGCUCGGGCGUUGACAGCAAGAAUGCCGUCCAGCUUUGACCUGAUAUUGGUAAUCUUGGCAAUAAAAAACUGGCCCAUAUUGUUUCCAAGAAGUGAAACAGAAUGUGUGGAAGAGAUCGAUCUUUCUUCAUAUUUAAUAAACUCUUACUUACCGCGAACAGCCUCCUCUGGUCUGUGCUGUUAUCUUCGCUAAACUGAUUAUAGUAAACAAGGCGUGCCUCAUUCAUCAAAUUCACCACACGAUUUCGUUCCUUCCUAAAAGCAGCAAGAUCAACAGGCAAUCUUGUAGCUCUCCACGUCUUUUCAGCAUUUCGCCUCAGGCGUUUGGCAUUCUUAAUAUCUUCAUUGAACCACGCAGCAAGAGGCCUGACAUUAAUGUCACGAGUUAAGACAGGUGCAUACAUAUCCAGUUGAGAUCGUAACGACUCAUUAUAACAGCCGACUAGAGAGUCUAAGUCGUUAGGUGCAUCAUGAUUAAGCUGAGAAGAAGAAAUGGCCUCAGAAAAUUGGUUGAUUUCAUUUUCCUGAACUGCACAUCCGUGACAUUAGCUUGAGGUCUAUCAGAUCUUAUUUUACAGAAAACUGGAAAAUGGUCGGAGAAUAACACACCAAUACAAGGGCAAGCUGCAGUGAUGUUAUCAGAUGUACGAGUGAUAAUCAAGUCAAGUGUAUGACCAAUUGCAAGUUCAUGUGUAGUAGACAAACAUGCUGCGUGGGACCCAUGGACUCCAGUAUAUCGGACAGUUUGAUCCAUAUGGAUGUUAAAAUCGCCCAAAAUUAUCUUAGGGCUCACUUGACAUGACCAGAGAGACUCGAGGUAAUCGGUUAACGGCUCGGUGAAAAAUGUGGAUGUGGUCACAGGAUGUUUAGCAGAAUUAAUAUGGGGGCCUGUAAACUAUAACGAGUCGUAAAUGAGAAGUAGUUACUAGCAAACUUAUUCUGUUUAUAAGUUUACUAGGAAACUUAUUCCGACCAUGUUUAUAUAUCAACAGCUCUUUACAUUUACGAUUGUUUGUAUCCCUCAGUGACUCCUACAGGAGUUCCCAUACUCUGGAUAGUGGUGGGAGUUUCCGUGGCUCUUUCUACUUUGGUAGUAGGGAUAAUUGUCUACCGUAAGAGAGCAAAGAGGAAUGAAAGGUAUUUCAUAAAAUGUUAUUGUCUAUAUGAAUGCUUUGUAUUAUGAUAAUGACAUGCAUGCGGAAAUAGACGAUAUUUUUUCUGUGUAAGUGUCUGUCUGUCUUUAAGUGUCUGUCUCUCUCAGUCAAGUCGCGCUGGUGAGUGACCUUCCUUACAGACCAAGGCGAUGUAACUUUUAUCACCUUCUAUGAACCAGGAAGCCAUCUCCGAUUUAAGCAUUACCACAAGCCCAUGAUUAAUGACAACGAAUUUCAUGAACAUUUAAUUUGCACUAUUUUCUUUAGAUCCAGUGAGUCUGACAUUGCUGAGUUCAUGUUGCUGGAAGUCCCACACGAGCGGGUUACUAUCAUGGAGGAACUGGGACGAGGCGCUUUUGGAAGAGUUUAUAAGAGCGUGAUGAGGGAGUUACCUGAAAAGAAUACAUCCUCCAAACCCAAGGAUCACCGUUUGGAUUCGCAUGAGGGGCGUAUUGUUGCUACAAAAGUUCUACCAGGUGCGUGAAUUAAGAAUGUGGCAAAAAAGAUGAAUUACUCUUUCAGCAAACGCUAUUCAAGGGAGUGAUUCUUAUUAAUAACGUGUAAGAGAGCCUCUCUUGUAACCAGCCUGUCUUGUAUCUAUUUAAUCCAAUAGAUAGCAAACAUUAUUUCGUGGAAAACAGCAUCUCAAUGCCUCAGUCGGUAACAGUGUGAUGUACCUCAGGGGCCCAUUUUAGAUCUUUAAAUUUUGUUUUCUACUUAUAUUAAUGACCUCCCUGAAUGUUUGAAAUUUACCACACGUUUUGCAAUGAAUAAAUUAAUGUAGACAUAAAAACCUUCAGUGAAAUCAGAACAUUGAUAAGGUGUGCUCCAGGGUUAGUCGUGUUAUAAGUGGUCUCAGACAGGCUCGAGAUUAUGUCACAUUAAAUGUACUAAAAAGUAUAUAGCGCUUAAAUCGAUGCCCGUGUUCAAGCGAAAACCGAGCGGGCACAUUUUAACAAAACCACACAGAUAUAAAAAAUGCAAAACAGAGUAGGCUGCAUGAUCACUUCUCAGGGCUGUGACAUGAUAACAGCUUAUCUCUUUAAACCAAUUCAAAAUGUUAGUGCAUGCCUUGGUAAUGUGUAGAUUGGUCGUUCUCUUAUGUGAUCUUUCGAAAUACGUUAUUCACAUGUUUCAGUCACUUGAGAACUUUAUCUGAUCGUAUGUGGUUGUAAAUAUGACUACAUUAUUGCAGCUUUACUUAGAGAACUACAUUGGCUUCCCUUGGAGCAUGAGUAGCGGAUUUUAAAUUAUUCAUGUCCGAGCUGAAAUCGUCAUUUGUUUCAAACUUACAUGUCUGUUAGGAGUUCACGAUCAUCAACUAUGAACUUGUUAAUUAGUGACACCCAGAUCAAGGCUAAAACUUUUAUCGGACGAUCAUGCUUUUUCGUUUUGUGCCCCUAAACUUUGGAAUGAUUCUCCAGAGCGCACACAGUGUAAAAUGGAGUUUGAAUAUUCGUUCUUCUAAGAGUAAUCUUAAAGCUUUAAAAACCUCUAAGCGUUAUUUUUAUUUCGUAGAUUUGUUUAACAAUUUUUUUUGUCAGUGUUACGAGAUGCUGAUUUCUAGUCGUUUAAGUUUAAAACAUCUAUUUGAUGACGAUGACGGUGAGCUGAAAACUGUCGGUGAAACUCAACUACAAAAGCAUAUUGGGAUGUCCCUGUCUAUGCAGAGUCAAUGAAAAUGAGCCAAUUGGAUAGAUGCGUUAGGAUUACAAAUGUUCACUCAAGGAAAGUCAUAUUACUGGAGAUAAAGUGCCCGUGGAUAGAGAAUAGGGAAGUAAUUAAAGAACACAUUUGUUGGAACGUGACGUCUAGAAUUAAAGAGACAGGUUUCCGGACUAAAAGAUCUUCCAGUAUUACAUCAUGUUACACGUCGUGCUUGGUGAUCGCUAGAUGAAGAGAACUGACGGUUUUUCUUUGAGACUUUGUUUUAUCUACUCACUUAACUCAGGGAACCAAUUUUUUAACAAAUAGAUUUUUUUUUCUCAAGCAGAAAUUAGGACCUGAGCUAUUGACUGUGUUUUAUUUUCAUAGGUUAAAUAUACUUUCAUUUUAAUAAGUUCUUUUUUUCUUUCCAUCUGGUUUUAGUUGUUUAGUACUAACUGAUAUCUUGUAGCAUAUACGUAGGUCACGGUUACCUGGAUUUUUUUAAAAUGUCUUUUGUUUUUUAGAAAAUGCCACGGAAGAGGACAAACGGCAGUUAGUUCGGGAAAUUGAGUUGAUGAAGGAAGUCGGAACACACCGUAAUAUUGUGAGCAUGCUCGGCUACUGGAUCCAAUCACAUCCCAUCAUGUUAAUCAUGGAAUAUGUUCCAAACGGAGAUCUUCUUCAGUGGCUCAGAAACAAAAGGCAACAGGUAUCAUAACUUUAUCAGCUGUAUCAAUAAAAAUUUGCUGACCUCUGUUUUGCCUUUUGUUUAAAAAAUAUCUUCUCUCCAUUCGCAAUAGGGCUGCGCACAGAUAUUAUUCAUAGAACUCAAACUCAGACAAACGAAUUCCUCAAUUUUGUUUGUCUUUUUGUCAUUAAAAUGUCAAGUUUGUCUGACUUUUGUCGUGAAAAUAACAAAAAUGGCAGAUUUCAGACAAGCAUUGCAAAUUAGUCACUCUGAUGUCAUUAGUAUUCUGUGCUGCACUUUCUAAUGAACAUCGUGCUGGGCGUGUAUGUUCUUUUUCUUACAUUGUGUGGUCUCUUAAGGCAGAAGGAAGAUCCUCUACCUCAUCACACGUCUAAAAACUAUCGUCUUCAGUAAAAAUAGUAAGAUGCUAAACAACUUGAUGUGAGAAUUUGUACAUGUUACCUAUAAGUUAAGUUCUCAAAGACAGAGGUGCAAUAACUGAAUGUAGAUAUCAAUGCAACCGGAUAUUCGUAUUUUUCCAAACGCGGUUUAUACAGCCAGGCUGUUUAGAUGCUAUUCAUGUAUUCGGAAAACAAAGAUCGGUAAAUACACAAAAAUUUGUAUUCAACGCUGAAUUAAUAAAGGCAAGCUUACCCUGGGACGAUCAGUUAAGGUUUCCGGGAAACUGCCCACCUACCCCUCCCCUAAGCCACAUUUUGCCCUGAGUGAGAAGGUAGUGUUGAUGUUGUCUUAGGAGAGGGGAAGGUGGUCAGAAAAGAAAACAUGUACAAAAAGACGUUUUGAGCGUUUACCCCUGGGGGUACUCCCGCCCGAUAGGAUGAGGAUCUCCAUCCUUAAAUAUGGCACCGUUAUUCUGUCAGGUAAAUUCAUAUGCGUUAAUGCCCAACACAUGAGAAACAAAUCAUAGAUCUGUUAAAACUGAACUUUACCCUAGAGCUGAUUAGGAGCGCGAUUUAAGGAAGUUUUUUUCUGUUUCCUUUAAUUCUUAGGUUUGUUUUUCCCUUGAACUGGGCCUCAUUUUCCAUGUUUGGGUCUUUAAUAUGAUAUUGGUUUUCGUUUGUCUCAACUAUUCGAAAUUUUGGUGGGCAUUAACCUUUUCUGGUCAGAAUGAAUCACGGGAUUACUAAUGGUGGAGGUUAGGCAUGAAUAGAUUGUGCUAGUAAAUUCAGGAAAAGUUGCUUCACAAUAUACCCAAAAGUUGCUCGAAAGUUGCUCAAAUAUCAAAAAGUUGCCACCAAAAUUUAGAAAAGUUGCUUGCUCUCUAGAGUCGUUUUGUUUUAGAUAAAUACUCAAAACGCGUUUGUUUGUUUGUUGCCAUUUAAACAUUUUCAUCAAAUAUUCUUACAAUCAUUAAAAGAGGCCAAAAGCCGUUGUUAUAUGACAAAUAUAAAUACUAUGAAAUAAAAUCAGUUAAAAAAAAAACAUAAAAUCGGUUUUGAUAAAACCAGUUUUAAUUUGAAACGACCUUUUAUGGUUUGGAUCGGUUUAUAUCAAUUUGUUGCUCAAAAGUUGCCAAGGAAGGCAAAAGUUGCCCUAGGUUGCUGGUACUACAAAGAGUUGCUCAAAACGCUAAAAGUUGCUUGAAUAUGGUAACAAGACAAGAAUAGUUUACUUCAACGAACGCUUUUCAUUCUAGUAAUUUACUUGUUUCUUUUCUCAUUUUCCCAUGUAUUCACCAACAGUUGAGGUCCGCCAUUUGAUAAACCGUCCUUGAUUCGAGCUGACAAAGGGCUUCCACUCAAAAUGCUAGUCAGCUUUUCGAUCCACUGUCUUUCAACGGUGGCAAGAUGAGUUAUUCAAAUCAGCCGAUAACACCAGAGUUUUGCUUUUCACCCCCCAACCGAAGCAGUAGAAAAGUUUCUUUUUAAAAAACCCUUCAAAAUAUUUUGGUGGACAUAAUGAUUGUCCGUCCAGAGUUUCAAAACCGCCGCCGUCUGCUGAGCGGGAGGCCGUAAGUUCAAACCCCGGCCGGAGCAACACCCACGGUCUUUAAAUAACUGCGGAGAAAGUGCUGCCUUUGUAUAACAUCUGCAAACGGUUUGACUUUCUGGUCUUCUCGGAUAAGGGCGAUAAACCGUAGUCCCCGUCUGACAAGCCCUUGCACAUGUAAUAAAUCUGUGGGACGUUAAAGAACCCACACACUCGCUCUUCGUGAAGAGUAGGGCACGUAGUGGCCGGUGUAGUGGUUUAUCUCACUUUCACACUCAUGUAUGGGGGCAUCAUUACUCAUUCCUUCAUUAGUUGUAAAAUGCAUCUUAAGCAGUCUGGCAAAGUCCCCCAAACAGUGUUGUAAAUUACACAUUACACGUCCCGAAAGCCCUCUACGAGAUAUGACGUUUAAUCCACUUGAGUUUUCCGUGGACGCUUUAAAGAAAGUUGGCCCAUAAUGUAUUCCCGGCUAGAUUUUCAGUUUAACGUCGGUUAAGUAAUCUUUCAAUUCACAUGGAUUCCUUUUAAAUUGGUAAAAAUAUUUCGGCUAACCAACUGAUAGUGUUGAAAUUGUUUCUGCUGACAAAACCGUUUCAUGAUCAGACGCAAUUCAUUUCAAUAUUUUUUUGCAGCUUACAAAGAAAAAGAGUCAGCAAAGUGAUGUCGUUGAAAGGCUUAAGCCUCCUGUUCCUGAGAGACCGAAAUUGGUGUCCAGGAACCUGCAAACAAAAGAUGUCCUGGAUGAAAACCUGGAAGAGGAGAAGAGCGAAAGAAAUAAUGAAGAAAGUGGAAAAGACGGUGGUUAUCAUUCCAGCAAGACGAAGGAAAUUAAAAUCGACCUGGACGACGUUGAAAGAGGAAUUCUAAUCAACGAUGCUCCUCGAUCUGAGAUGGAACCUCUGUGCUCAAACUUGGAAGACGAAGAUGACAAGGAGGAAGAAGAAAGUGACGAUGUUAACACGUCAUUUCUACAAAAUGAAGGGCGAAAGGGGUCUGUUGCGUCGGUGAUGGUGUUACCUUCGAUCAAAAUUGCCCAUUUCUCCAAAGAAAAAGAGCUCACUCUUGCUGAGCCCUUAAGAAACGUCGAAGAAAAGAUCACAAUCGAGAAAGAAGAAAGCAGCUGUGAGGGCAAGGAAGAUGAUGAAGAAGACAGUUCUGGGAAAGAAGUUCUAUGUUAUGCAUGGCAGAUUGCUAAAGGGAUGGUAAGAAUUUUUUCGACUGAAGAAUGCCUUGGGCAAUUUAGUCAUCAUUUGCAAAGCACAAAAAUCUGCCUCUUGCCCAUAUUUAAAAAACUUCUUUUUCCGGCAUGGUAUUCCACGGAGGGCUUCAUUCCACUCACCCCAAGUCUCCCUGAAAAACAGCAUUUAAUUAAGAGUCAACAGGUGUCAACGGGCUUUCUUCCGCGGUUGAAAAACUUAAAAACCUUAUUUUUCAGCCAAUAUUCAUCCCUUCGAGUUAUCGAGGGUAAAAUUGUAUUAAAGUGAUCUGAAAGGAAAAAAAAAUUACUUCGAGUUAACGGGCGUUUCGAGUUAUCGAGGGUUCGAGUUACCGAGGGUAAAAUUACGGCAAAUGUAUGAAGGAAAUCCAGGGGAAAUCGAUUUUGGUUCGAGUUAGCAAAAGGUUUGAGUUAGCGAGGGUUCGAGUUAUCGAGAGUCGACUGUAGUUCACUUAGCUUGUUCAACUUUGACGGCUUUUUUUGCUGAAAAGAAUACGUUGCGGGGUUUUCUUGGCCAAUUCCUUAAUUUGUUUCUUCGUUUUCCAACGGCUGUAACGGAAAUCCUCCAUCCAUUCUUCAUGAAUAGACCCAAGAUGACUUCCUCCCGCUUUCCGGACCGUUUGCCUGGCACAGCUUGCAGUAGCCUUUUCCAGGCUCUCUAUAGUAGGGAUGUCGCGUAAGCGUAAGGCACCGGCAAAAAUAUAAACGCGUGAUCUAGAAUUGAAAAGGGGGCGGUGGCGGCCUAUUUUUGAGCCUGGAACAGACGCUUCAUUGCACUUGGUUGCUUUUCCGUCAAAUCGUUAAAUCAGUCGGGAGUUCGUUUACAACGAUAUCUCGAUUAAGCUGCUAUCCCCCUGCCAUAUCGUAAAAUCGAGGUUCCUUUUUACUUUCAUAUUGACCAAUCAAAAUGGAAAUUUGUGUUGAUCUAAAGGUAUCUGGUAAUUAAAAAUUGUUUGAGAAAUAAUUUCGUUAUUUCUCUGCCAGGAAUACUUGGCCAGCAAAGGAUUCAUUCAUCGUGACCUGGCAGCCCGUAAUAUCCUACUUGGUGAGGACAGAGCGGUCAAGAUCGCUGAUUUUGGGUUGUUACGCCGUGUAAAUGAGAGUGAGAUAUACGAAGUUACGAGCGUAAACAAGCUACCAAUGAAAUGGAUGGCACCUGAAGCGUUGGAAAGCGGCAUUUUUACUUUCAAGACUGACGUGUAAGUAUAUGAUAUGUUAAUAAGGUCACUGUUAGGCUAAGCUUGGCCUUCCUGUGAUGCAGUGUGACGUUGAGGUUCGAGAUAACAUAGACCGUGCAAUGUUUAAAACUGUUUAAAAAAAGAAAAAAGAGCACAAUUUUGACACUGUUUAUAGUAGCGGUUAUCACUCUAUCUCUAAAGGAAUACUCAAGUAUUUGGAAAACAUUAGCCUGUUCCACGCGUGAAACUUGAAAAUAAGAGAUAUAAAUAGAAACUUUGAGACGAUGAAGUUAAUCUGAGACCAUCUUGGAUCUUAGAUUCCACACCCCACAUCCCGCAUUCCAGAAACUGGAUUCCGGAUUCCAACUCAGUGUAUUCCAGAUUUCAAAAGGCCUAGAUUCCAGAAUUUCAUAGUUAGCAGGAUUCCGGAUUCCAAAGUCCAUGAUUCCGAGCAAAAACUUCCAGGAUUCCGCAAUCCGCAUUACCUUCCGUGGGGCUACAUAAACAAAAUUGAGAUUUCUAUGAAAUUUAAUUCUUGCCAUUUCUUUAUCUGCUCCCUUUUAUUGCAGGUGGUCUUUUGGAGUUGUUUUGUGGGAACUAGCCACCAUGGGUAAGCUGGUUUUAAAAAUCUUUGUAUAUUGAUGCUGGUAGAAUAAUACUCUUACUAGUCAUUUUGCUAUACACGAGGGAAUUGAGAGGAAACCUCCAAGAAAGUAGUUAGAGAAAAGAUUACUGUUCGGUUUUAGGAUAGCAGUCACGGGAGAAUCGAGCCGCUUUAUAACAGAUGCUAUUCUGACAUAAUGCUGUGAUUGUUCACAACUAGAAAAAUUAAUAGGCUAACUUCCGCCGCUCUCCCAGCCGUCUCCGUCUUUACCGGGGAGGAGCGCAGGCUCAUAAUAAUCCAGCCUAUAAGUCAUACCCUUAACCACAACUUGACCUGAUAUCACGUGUCACUUAGCGAAAUGAAUACUCAGUAAUGCUAAACUUGUACAUUACGUUAUUUUAAACCCUCCUGGAGGUUGGUAAAUUGAUAAUACAUGAUGGUCAUUGAACUGAGUGGAGAGCAAUUUGGUCUGAAAUCAUAUGCGUGAUUUCGAGCGCGAGUUCGAUUUGAGAUCAGAAGUAUGAUUUCAGACUAAAAUUGCACGACAAGAAGUGAAAUUCUCACUUUAUUACAGCCAUUUUAAAAUCGCAGAAUUCAAUCCGUACGAGCAGUGAUUGGCCGUGACACGAGAUAAGUUAGCUCGUUAUCCCCCAUACUCGUUAACAUAUAUUCUGAAGCCAUGCUAAGAGAUGAAUGAAGAUAUUCGAGUGGGAGGUCAUCUCAUUAAGACAGUGCGCUUUGCGGAUGAUCAAGCAACCUUAGCCAGUUCAGUUAAAGGUCUGCAACUUAUGAUGGGUAAAAUGCAGGAAAGCGUGGGGGAAUAUGAUAUGAAGAUCAAUGUUAAGAAGACUAAGGUGAAGAAAAUCUGUAAGAGGCCUGGUGAGGAAUUCACAAUAUUUCUUGAGGGUAGACAAUUAAGUCAAGAAUCGUUGCACUUUGACUACCUUAGGAGCCUCAUUACACAGGAUGGAUCUUUGCCUGAAGAAGAGAAUUAUAAAGACUGUCAUCUAAGGUACUUUUCAGAAUGGAGCCGAAUGACAGACCUCAAAGAAAGAGGACGUGCGAAGGCUGGAGGGCUGUGGGAUGUAACUUUGGAGAAAGGUUUUAAACAUAACUUGGUCUGACAAAGUAUGUAACGAAGAAGUAUUGAGGCGUGUCGGUGAGGAGAGGGCCAUUAUAUCUGUCAGAGAGUCUGGUUUGGUCAAACCCUACUGCAUGGUGAUCAUAUGCCAUUAGUUAUUGAGAGAAGAAUACCAGGAAAGAGACCACCUGGAAGACCUCGAGCGGGACUGCUGGAUAGAGUGAACGAAGGAUGGCAGCUCUUACGUAGCGGCCAAGAGGCGUGCCUUAGAUCGAGAACCAUACGGAAGGACUUGCCUGUGGGCAGAUCAAAUAACCUGUUGAAAAGCGGAAACAAAAGGGGUUUUACAUCUCAUUUUGUAUUCGAAACAGAAAUGAUGCGAUAUAAAGCAAGGUGCGACGGUGUGACGUGGUUUAGAACAUAAAUAACGCGAUUUAGAACAGAUGUGAUUGUGUGAUUCGUAAAUAAAUCACACUGCUGAGAGCCAAUCAGAUUGAAGGGAUCACCAGCGAUUUCAAAAUGAAAAACUAGAAAAGCCUGAUAAUCUUUGCUAAGACAACAUUGAUCUUUAUUUUGUUAUUUUAGGGGGUACUCCAUACCCUGGGAUAAGCCCUAUGAGGCUAUGCAGUUUACUUAAAUCUGGAUAUCGGAUGGAGAAACCCGACACGUGCAGCGAUGAAAUGUAAGUCUGAAUAAAAAUAAUAAAAGACCUCCGAAUAGAGUGCACGAUGAAGAAAUAUUCACAUAGUACUUCAAAUAGUUUUUUUUUCUAAAAUUGUCAGCCUUUUCCAAGGAGUGGAAACUUCAGUGCGCCUCUUUCCUUUACGUUGCCCCAUUCUAAAAAGAGCCUAUAAGUGUCUUCAAUAUUCAAAGUAAAUGGAAACAUAUCUUUGUGUAGUGGUAUUUAAAACUAAUUGUCUUCCUUUUUCAACAGAUACAAAUUGACGAUGGACUGCUGGAAGGAGGAUCCAAAUGAACGAUCCUCAUUCGCUCAACUAAUACCGAUACUGGAAGAGAUGAUGACGGAAGAUACCCCUUACUAUUAUUUCAGACUACUGGAUCAGAACCAGCCAUGUUACCGUGAGGCAUCCGCUACUAACACCAGUAAAGCUAGUACUCUUGAUACGAACGUGUAA